UUAAGCUUUUGGACGUCCCGACCAAAAUAAGGAAAGGUGGAAAGUAGAGGGCCCUUCCAUCGCUUCUCCGACCAAGAGAGACUUCGUGGCUCGGAAGGAUUCAAUUUAGGGCUUUGAUCGGCCGAAGUGGUUCCGAUCAUCGUCUUUUCCGUGUAGAACCGCGGUUCCUUUGUUCUUUCUCGCCACAAACCUGAUUCAUGUAGGUUUUGUUGCCAUGUAGAACAUUGAUGUCUUGAAGUUAUGAAAGGGAGCUACGAUGCUUGCACCGCAGAAGAAGGGUUUGUUUCUUUCGCCCAGGGCUGUCGCAGCGCGGAGGAAUGGGCCUGCGCAAUCAAGUUUUGGUAAUUGGGGCGGCGUGGUACCUGGCACGAGGAAAGGAAGGGAGGUGGUGGCCGGGAACGCGAUUCCUCAACCGGAGGAGCUUCCUUUAUGUGGUGAUGGCGAGGAUCGUGAGAAAGAACAGAGCGAGGCGCAGGUGUGGAGGCGGUUUAGAGAAGCGGGGUUUCUUGAUGAGGCGGUGUUGCAGAGGAGGGACAGAGAAGCACUCGUUCGAAGAAUAUCCGAGCUUGAGAAAGAGCUUUAUCAGUACCAGUAUCAUAUGGGGCUCCUUUUGAUAGAGAAGAAGGAAUGGGCUGUUAAAUAUGAUAAGUUAAGGCAAGAAAUGUCUGAGGCAGCACAACUUCAAAAGUGUAUGCAAGCAGCACACAUUGUUGCUGUUGCUGAAUUUGAAAAGAGUGAGGGAAAUUUGAGGCGGGCUAUGGGCUUUCAGAGGCAGUCCAUCAUUCAUCUUGAGAAGGCUUUGAAUGAUAUGCAUGCUGAAAUUGCUGAGGUUAAAUUGGAUUCCCAGAAGAAACUGUCUGAAGCACAUACUCUUGAGGCCACUAUCGAAGAGAAAUGCCUGGAGAUCAAAGAAAAGCAACAUUCUUUGGAUGCUAGAUUGGCAAAAGUGAGCCGGAAAAGUUCAGAGGUAGAUAGAAGAUUAGAGGAUGUGGAGGCUCGUGAGCAUGAACUUUUUAAACAAACCUCAUCCUUUAUUGCUGAGAAAAAAGCAUUUGAGAAGGAUCUUUCUCGACAAAGAGAGAACUUGCGGGCUUGGGAACAGCAGCUGCAGGACAAUCAGAAGAAGCUUGGCAAGUGGCAUAGCACUGAAAACCAGAGAGAGAUGGAGACAAAUGAGAGAGACAACACCUUUAGGAAGAAAGAAAAGGAACUUGAGGAGGCACGGAAAACCUUGGAGAUCUCCAAUGAAUUGAUUAAAUUGAAAGAAGAGGAUAUGUGCAUGAGAAUUGGAGCUUUAGAUGCUAAAGAAAAAGAAGCUCUUCUAAAGCAAGAGUUUCUAGAGAAGAAAGAGAAUGAGUUACUUGCCAUUGAAGAACAGCUAAACAAUAAGGAAAGAGUGGAGAUCCAGAAAAUCACUGAUUUCCAUAAUUCCAUCCUAGAGUCUCAAAAAGACGAGUUUGAGUUGGAGACAGAGAAGACAAAAAGAGCUGUUGAUGAACAACUGCAAGGGAGAAUUGAAGAGGUGGCACAUAAGGAAAUUAUACUUGAGAACAGAGAGAGAGAGCUUUUCAAGAAAGAACAACUUUUGGAGAGAGAAAUUGGGAACUUGAAGAACAGAGAGAAAGAAAAUGAUAUAAUGUUGAGUGCCGUGAAAGUAUCAAUUGAAAAUGAAAAAGAAGAAAUGAGACAAGGAAGGGGCAAACUUGAGAAAGAGUGGGAAUUGUUAGGUGAGAGAAGAUUGUCACUAGAAGAAGGUUUGAAGCAGCUCUUUGAUGAAAAAGAAAGAUUUGAUCAAUGGAGAUGCACUGAAGAGGAAAGACUGAGAAAGGAGAAUCCGGAGGUGAGCAUUCAUGCCCAGAUGGAUUUAGAGGAUUCUAUAUCGGAUGAAGAGGCCUUCAAGGAUAAAACAACACAUCAGAAGAUGGAUGUUCUUGAAGUAUUCAACAGUGAAAAUGCUCAUGUUGUUUAUGAAAUUAUGCAGAGAAUCCCAGAGAAAGUUAAGGAAACAUUGCUUGAAAAGGAGGAUAAUUCUAACAGGAGAAGCAACAUUGUUCUAAACAAUUGCAAGAUUUUGAGCAGUUUAGAUGAAUCAAAUAUUCUGAAGUUGAAAGAGCAGGAGGAUCAGUUAAAAAGUGAGAAACAGCUUUUAGUUCUUGGAAAGAAAAGUGAAGCUGGCCAAUCUACAUCAGGAACCCUAAGCCGGAACAAUAAGGACCAAGUGGUAGAACCUGCAGAGGAGGGUGACUAUUUGCCUGCAUCAGCUGAGCAGCUUAAGGCUUGCAGGUACUGUGGAUUUGAGGAUGGAGGGGACACAGCAUUGUCAGGUGGAAGUGUUGAAGUAUCUGAUCAGGGAACUUGCCCUGGAUCUGUCAAACUGGAAGCACGAAUACCAUGUAUGCAAAGAUGUUCGAGAUUGUUGAAUUUUUCUCCUGGUAAAAAAGCUACAGAACACAGUGAAAAGUCUGUUUGUCUUGAUGGAGAACCUUUAGAGCAUGAAGACAAUCUUGAGCCUGGGCCACUGCCUGGAGAUGUUAAUGCUUUCCAGUGGGCUCAGUCUGCCGGUGGAGUCCAGUACAAUGCAGAACCAGAAAGAUCAAACAAUGAUGAUGAUGCCACAAAAAGAGAUUCUCAAAUUGCAGAUAGGUCUGCAGAUAUUUUGAUAUUUGAGUUAAAUGAUAGAGCAAGGGACUUGGAAGAGCCAACUUUACACUCUGUGGAUGAACAAAAGUACAGGGAGGGAUGUUCUAUCCAUCCUGAAUUGAAUUCUUUGCUUUGGCCAUUGAAACAGAAACAGUCUGGUUGCAGUGUGAGAAGGAAGUCCAUACUUGUUAAAAAGUCACGUUCCGUUAAUGCACUUGUUGAGGAUGCCAACCUUGAAGAGGCCUCUCAAAUUAAACACAGUGAACAGUCAACUUGCAGAGCACAAUGUCUUAUCAAGGAUAAGUGUCUUGAAGAAAAAUAUUCUUUAAAUGAUGAUGAAGUAACAGUAUGUUCUAAGAAGAGGUGCCUUGAUCUUAAAUAUGGAAUGAUGAGUCUUGAAGGAGAAUGUGCUGAAGCUCACACCGAGGAUGUAUCAUCACUAGGAUGUUGCUUUCAAAUGGAAAAUAUUCCUGGGACAGAAAUCCCAGGAUUAAAGCGCUACAAUUUGAGACACUCCACAAUUUCUUUCAGUGUGCGUGCGGUUGCAGCAUCUCAAGCAUUGGCCUGUCGAACUAAACAAAAGAGAAAAGGAGUGCUUGAAUUGUCGCUUGAAAACAAGGUCUUGAAGGUUGCCAGGCGUGAUGGUGAAGGAGCUGAAAGUCAUGCAUCUGCUAGUGAGACCCUCAGAAGUGACAUAAGAAAUUCAUGAGAUCUCAUUGCCAAGAGCCAUCAAAGCAGGUGACGUUAUCUGAAAAGGAUAUCUCGUUAUGGAGAUACAAAAUUACUUUCACGGUGUUGGCAGAUUUGGAGGAGCCAGUAGGGUAAUGAGCACGAAGCAGAAAACACUUGUACGGUUGUACCCAACUCUGAGUUGUAUAUAAUAACACAACAUAGAAGAUGAUAUACUGUGCAGAAGAAGACAGUAGUUAUCAGGAAGUAGAGGUGUUCAGAAACUUGAAGCUUCCUUAGGAGCAUGUGAACUAUCUAUGCAGUAUGAGAGAACCAACAGAUCUCUGUGUGUGUUUUUCUUGAAGUUGAUUGUUCUUUAAUUUGACCCAUCCUCCUGAAAAAUAAAAGAAAAAAACUGUAUAAAGUUGUGUGGUUGUGCAGUUCUUGUUGUCUUUAUUUUGGCUUGCAAAAUGUAAGUAAAAUAUGCAGAGGGCCGUCAUCUUUUAUAAACCGGUGCCUUCUGUUUUCUGUAAAGAAAAUGUGUCUUUGGUAAUGAUGAGUUGUUUUUUUGUUCGCCUUAAAAAAAAAGAUUCAUAUC